AUGUCUACUUUUCGAUCGUAUGUGUCAGUUAAAUCUGACAGUUCAUUAGAAGACUUAGAUUUUAAUUUUGAACAUAGCGACGAAGAAAUUGGAAGUUUGGUUGCGUCUGAUAAUAAUUUAUUUGAUUCAAAUUUUUAUAUCGAUGACGACGAAGAAGAAAUUAAAAAAAAAAAAUCUAGUGGUUCAGAAGUUGAAGGUGGAGAUGAAAAAAUAAAUGAAAAUGAUUUUGAUUCUUUGGCAGGUAAAGAAAUUACUGAUGACGAUUUUGAAAAAAAAUCUGAUAGUUUUAAGUCGGAAGAUGGAAAAGUUGAGGAAGAUAAGAAGCAGAGACACGAGUCAUUAGUCAGCGAAGAGAGAUUAAAUUUAAUAGGUCAAGUAAAAAAAUUGUGGGAAGAACGCAAGUACGAAGCUGUUUUAAAUGAAUUCGAAGUUGUCAAAAUUUCUUUAGAGAGCAGCAAUAGAACUCUAAUUGACGUCACUGAAGAUUUUAAAAAUUUGUAUAAUGCGCGGGAAAUAGAAUUUGAUAAAUCAUUUCAAGAAUUCCGCGCCCGCUUUUUUGAAAUCGGCGAGUGUUUGAAGACCAAAGAAAAUAAAUUGUCGUGCGUUAACAAAAAAAUCGGCAGGCUGUUGAAUAAAAUUCAGAGCCGUAUGGAAAAUUUAAAAGAAACGCGGAUUGUUUUAUUCAAACUGAAAAUUACUUAUAAAAAAAUAAAUGAUCAGCUUUGUAGAAUAAAUAUUCUGGGCGAAGGUUACACUGUGACGGAGUAUGAAAAUUUAUCGAUGAUUAAAAAUUCAAAUGUGGAAAUUUUACAUAAACGAGAGAGAAAAAUAGAUAAACAUCAUGAUAAAUGUGUGUCAACAAUUAACAUGUUAUCGCAAGUCAAAGAACAAUCCAGUAGCCUAGAUGAUGACUUGGAAAAAUUUAAAAAAGAGUGCAAAGAGUUAGAAUGUAGUAAAAAUAAAUUACAAGAUGAAUUUAAUAAACUAAGACGAGAAAAAGAAGCGAAAAGAAAAAAAAUUUUAUUAUUGCAGCGGAAUCUUUUCUCCAUGAAUCCGGAGUUGGUUAAAGAAAUAUCGGAUCGGGGGAUCGAAUACGCGAGACUUAGAUCUAGGAUUAAAAAUUUACAAGAAAGUGAUGAUUCAUAA